AUGACUGCUUCAGCGAGUCCUGCAGACGAAUCACGGGAUGGAGAUCAACCAAAAACGUCGCGACUUCGACGAUUCCUCGGCCUCUUCUGGGAUACCCUGGACGGCGAUCCCCAGGAGAGGAAAUACGUGCAGAAGCUGGAUCUGUUUCUGUUUUCGUAUAUCAUGCUCGGAUAUUUCAUCAAGUAUUUGGACCAGCAGAAUUACUCAAAUGCCUUUGUGAGUGGCAUGCAGGAAGAUCUCCACCUCUACGGCAACGAGCGUAAUCUGCUGGUAACAUACUUCAACAUCGGCCUGAUCAUCGGCACCGUCCCAUCCCAGCUGGUCCAGCUAAAGUACGUGCGUCCGUCGAUCUGGAUCCCAACGUACGAGCUGCUCUGGUCCGUGCUGGUGAUGGCCAUGGGCGGAGCGAAGAAUAUCCAGACUCUAUAUACUCUGCGCUUCUUCGUCGGCCUCCUCGAGUCGUGCUCGUUCCCCGGCUAUGCCGCCUUGCUGGGCAGCUGGUACGGCCCCAAUCAACUGGGCAAGCGAGUCGCGCUGUUCGAGCAGGCGAGCGCCAUCGCCGGCAUGUUCAGUGGCUAUCUCCAGGCUGGCCUCUACCGGGGGAUAAACGGCAAAGGAGGGCUAGCUGGGUGGAAAUGGCUCUUUAUCUUCGAUGGCAUCAUCUCGAUUCCCAACUCCGUCUGGGGGUGCUUUGCUAUCCCAGAUCUGCCUAGCAAUACUAGAGCAUUCCACUUUAGCAAGAAUAUGAGCUCUUACACCAGCAGGACCGCGACUACGGCAUCCAACGCAUCCAGCGCAUGGGACGCGCCUCGCCGAAAAAGCUCACCUGGCGUCGACUCAAGGCGAUCUACACAGGCUGGCAUCUAUGGGCCUUUAUUUUUGCCUACGUGUGAGGGAGCUGACUCCACAAACGUGAUCGAAGCUAAUCAACUGAUUGCAUUAUGUCGACGACCGGAGACGGCCAUCGUCGUGUGCGCCAUCGUCAUCGUGGCCAACAUCCUGCUGUCCAUCUGGCACAUUGGCAAGGGAGGGCUCUUCUUUGCGUUUUUCCUGUCGUAUACUUCGGCCGCGGCGCAGCCGAUCAUUAUUGCCUGGGGCCACGAGAUCACCCAACACAACGCCGAGCUGCGCCAGCUGCUCGUCGCGACGGGCAACAUCUUCACCUACACGUUCAGCGCGUGGCUGCCGGUGGUGCUGUUCCCCACGUACGACGCGCCGCACUACAAGUACGCCUACCAGGUUCUGGUCAUGUUUGGCGGACUGUCCAUUCUUGGUAUCUUCUUGUUGAAAUACCUGCGAGAACGGGAGCUGUAG